AUGGUGGGACAAGAGGAUCCCGUGCAGCGGGAGAUUCGCCAGGACUGGGCGAACUGGGAGUACAUUGAGGUCAUCACCAGCAGCAUUUUCGCAGACUUUCUCAACUCGUUUCAUAGGUCUUGUCGUUCAAGACUCGCAACACUAAACGAGAAAUGGACAGCUCUUGAACAGAGGAUAGAGGACAACGAAUGA